ACUUAUAGGAACCACGUAGUUGCAGCUCGCAGCCUGGGAUCCUCAGUGAUAUAAAGCAGAGGAAGAUACAGCAGCAGGCAUACAGACACACUGACAUACAGACAUUGUCGUCGCUGCCAUGGAGCCUGAAAUCCAACUGGAAUCUUUCCAUGUGUCCAGCACCAUGGGCUUUGUCCUGGACGAUCCAAAGACCGAUCUCCCAGAGUACUACCAGCCAUGGAUGAGCAUCGCCAUGGACCUCCCCCAGCUGAUCCAAACUCAUCAGCUCCAGGACAGGGUCCAUGAGAUGCCGCUGUUGAGCACCACGCAUCUCCAAGGGCACAGAGAAGAGAGGCUGGCACACCUGGCACUGGGCUUCAUCACCAUGGGCUAUGUGUGGCAGGAAGGAGAGCACCAGCCAGUCAAGACGCUCCCCAGGCAGCUGGCUGAGCCGUACUGCAAAGUGUCGGAGGCCUUGGACCUGCCGCCCAUCCUGGUCUAUGCCGACUGUGUGCUGGCCAACUGGAAGCUGAGGGACCCCACAGGCCCGUUCGAAAUUGGGAACAUGGACACCAUAUUCAAGUUUCCUGGGAAGGAAUCAUGCAGGGGCUUCUUCCUGGUCUCCCUGGUGGUGGAACAGGCUGCAUGCACAGGGAUGGAGGGAAUUGCCAUGACGAUGAACUCCAUGCUGACCCAGGACAAUCAUGGUGUGCAUGAUGGCCUAGAGAUGGUGAACAAGUCUCUGUUGAAGAUGAAGGAGAUGUUUGGACUCAUGCGCAGUCAUGUGAAGCCCGACGUCUUUUAUGGGACACUGCGGAUCUUCUUUACUGGUUGGAUGGACAACCCAGCCCUGCCCGAUGGGCUAUGCUAUGAGGGGCUCUUCACAAAGCAGUUGAGGGGGGGCAGCGCUGCCCAGAGCUCCAGCAUCCAAUGUUUUGAUGCUCUGUUGGGUGUCAAACAAGUAGAAACCUCAGCUGACAGCUACCUGAAGGACAUCCGCAAUUACAUGCCCCCAGCCCACCGGCACCUGAUCGAGGUCCUCGAGAGUCGGACUCCCUUGCGUUCGUACGUGGAGAAUUCUGGCGAGCAGGAUCUCAUCGACACCUACGACAAGUGUGUUAAGGCCCUGGCGGCCCUGCGGUGCUACCACCUGCAGGCUGUAAGCAGCUAUGUGUCUGCGCCCAGUAAGAGAGCACACAGGAGCGACCCCACCCUCAGGGAGGAAAAGGGCACAGGUGGCACAGAUGCCUUCCGUUUCCUGAAGAGCGUCCGGGACUCGACCAAUAAUGUCCUCAUCAGCCCUAGAUGAGGCGCCCUACACUCUUCCCAACCAUAGUCUUACAGCAUGAGCUAUCAGCUAACAGUUAUCCUAUCUAUUUAAAGCUUAGAAGAUGUUUAAUUUUUUUUUCAAUAGAUUAUACACAUUUCAAUGCCUCAUUUUCACAAAACUAUGAGCACACAUCCACAAAUAGUUCUCAGAAGUGAACAAUCCUUGCUCCAAAUGUGACACUGUGUUCACCAGAAUAGCCCACAUAAUCUAGCAAUACAUGCAGUUCACACUUGAUGAAUAAAUUAAAUAUACUCACUGUGCUCUGUCGGUUUUGGUUGAAGGUCAGUGUACAAGUUAGAUCCAAUACCAUGACAACUGGCAGGAGUUCUACUGGUCUCUAGUAAUGUUAAUCACUGUAUUCUCAUAAACAUAUGAAACAUUAAAAUACUAAAAACUAUACAAGUUAAA